CUCCGACGCGCCGCCUGCGUUGGACCGCGGCUCCUCAGCGGUUCUCGCCACAAUGCCUCAUCUGGAAAAUACGGUGCUCUGUCGCGAAUCCCAAGUGUCCACCUUGCAGUCCUUGUUUGGAGAGAGACACCAUUUCAGCUUUCCAUCCAUUUUUAUUUAUGGACAUACAGCCAGUGGAAAGACCUAUGUUACACAAACUUUGUUGAAAACCUUAGAGUUGAAGUGUCUUUGUAAAACUGGUUGGAAGAAUAGUACUUUCCAUUGUGACAGAUCAGUUUUUUUGGUUUUUUUUUUACAGGCAGUACUUAAUUUUCCUAAAUAUUGUGAACCUGUGGUUAAAGGAGAAGCAAAUGAACGUGAUACUCGCAAACUGUGGAGAAAUAUUGAGCCUCAUUUGAAGAAAGCCAUGCAGACAGUUUACCUCAGGGAAAUAUCGAGUUCACAGUGGGAAAAGUUACAGAAAGACGACAUAGAUCCAGGACAACUGAAAGGUCUCUCAGCAUAUACUCAUGUGGAACUUCCAUAUUACUCNAAGUUUAUUCUAAUUGCUGCAUACCUUGCUUCUUACAAUCCAGCAAGAACUGAUAAAAGAUUCUUCCUUAAGCAUCAUGGGAAAAUCAAGAAAACUAACUUUCUGAAGAAACAUGAAAAGACAAGCAAUCAUCUCCUUGGACCAAAAUCUUUUCCACUGGACAGAUUAUUAGCAAUAUUAUAUACCAUCGUCGACAGUAGAGUUGCUCCCACUGCAAAUAUCUUUUCCCAGAUCACCUCUCUAGUGACGCUCCAGCUGUUAAGCCUUGUUGGCCAUGACGACCAGCUUGAUGGGCCAAAGUACAAAUGCACCGUCUCUCUAGACUUCAUCAGAGCAAUUGCAAGGACGGUGAACUUUGACAUAAUAAAAUACUUGUAUGAUUUCUUAUGAAAACAAGCUUCAAAGCCAUAUGGACACUGUGACAAUGACUAAGCCAAGCUGUGUUCAUCCCCUCCUUAGCUGGCCAGGGAGAGGAGUUCUUUGGCUCUAUUGGAUUUGUCCAAACAGGUGCUGGCCCAGCAUGGAAGCUGAUGAAAAUUCCCUGAUUGGUCUGGGUGGAUGUGAACAGAAGACUAUUUACCAGGGACCCUGGAGUAUUUGGAAGCAACGUGUUAAUUAUAAACAGCAGGGUUUGAGCACAAUCUGUUCUGUCUUAAUGAUGUUAUCUUAACACUGAAAUUGCCUGAAACCCAUUUACUUAGUACUACAUUUUGCUCUGUGAACUAUCCCCUGUGCUUUGAACAUGCCAGCAGCCCUUGUUUAUAUGCCCAGCCUUUUCACUUCCUCUCUGCAGGGGCCCCUCACUUGCUUGCCAAAGCAGAUUUUACUAAGGCCACCAUUUUAAAAGAUCAUAGUUGGAAACUAUAAUAAACAUGAGUUCAUUUUUAAAAUCCAA